GGGUGACGAGGCCCCCGCGACUCGCUGACGCCAGGCCGCAUCACGCCGCCGCGAGGAGCUCGGGGAACGUGAAGGGGGACAACAAGACCGCCGCCUCCGCACUCGCAUAAGAACUCUUUCAUAUGAACAUCAAUCAAACAGAAAAUCUGAGGACUAUCUCCUGACACGCACCAGUGAUUCCCUCCUGAAGCUGGACCUACCCCUGCCGCUCCAACCUUCUUUCGCCCCAACGGAGAAGGCGGGCGUCUGGCCUGCUCCGUCCAUCAUGAACGUCACCUCGCUCUUCUCCUUCACCAGCCCGGCCGUCAAGCGCCUGCUGGGCUGGAAGCAGGGCGACGAGGAGGAGAAGUGGGCCGAGAAGGCGGUGGACGCCCUGGUGAAGAAGCUGAAGAAGAAGAAGGGCGCCAUGGAGGAGCUGGAGCGGGCGCUCAGCUGCCCCGGUCAGCCCAGCAGCUGCGUCACCAUCCCCCGCUCCCUGGACGGCCGGCUGCAGGUGUCCCACAGGAAAGGGCUGCCUCACGUCAUCUAUUGUCGCGUGUGGCGCUGGCCCGACCUACAGUCCCACCACGAGCUCAAGGCGCUGGAGUGUUGCGAGUAUCCCUUCGGCUCCAAGCAGAAGGAUGUGUGCAUCAACCCUUACCACUACAAACGUGUGGACAGCCCAGUGCUGCCCCCCGUGUUGGUACCGCGCAACAGCGAGUUCAACGCCAAGCACACGAUGCUGCCUCGCUUCCGCAACCCACUGCAGCAGAACGAGCCGCACAUGCCGCAGAACGCCACCUUCCCUGAGUCCUUCACUCAGGCCAACCCUGUGCCAUUCCCUCAUUCACCUGGAAACAGCUUCCCGAACUCACCAGGGGGCGGGAGCAACGCCACUUUCCCGCAUUCGCCAUCCAGCUCCGAGCCUGGCAGCCCAUUCCAGAUGCCGGAGACGCCCCCUCCUGCCUACAUGCCCCCGGAGGAGCAGAUCACUCAAGACUGCCCCCUGCCGAUGGAGACCAACCUCAUGGCUCCGCCUUUACCUAUUGAGAGUAACAACCGGGCUGCAGAUGUGCAGCCCGUAGCAUACGAGGAGCCCAAGCACUGGUGCUCCAUUGUCUACUACGAGCUCAACAACCGCGUGGGCGAGGCAUUCCAGGCGUCGUCCACCAGCGUGCUCGUCGACGGCUUCACGGAUCCCUCCAACAACCGCAACCGCUUCUGCCUUGGCCUUCUCUCCAAUGUCAACCGCAACUCCACCAUCGAGAACACCCGGCGGCACAUCGGCAAAGGCGUCCACUUGUACUACGUCGGCGGUGAGGUGUACGCCGAGUGUCUAAGCGACAGCAGCAUCUUCGUCCAGAGUCGCAACUGCAACUACCACCACGGCUUUCACCCCACCACCGUGUGCAAGAUCCCCAGCGGCUGCAGCCUGAAGAUCUUCAACAACCAGGAGUUCGCCGAGCUUCUCGCCCAGUCCGUCAACCACGGCUUCGAGGCUGUCUACGAGCUCACCAAGAUGUGCACCAUACGCAUGAGCUUUGUCAAGGGCUGGGGAGCCGAGUACCACCGCCAGGAUGUGACCAGCACCCCCUGCUGGAUCGAGAUUCACCUCCACGGCCCCCUGCAGUGGUUGGACAAGGUUCUAACGCAGAUGGGUUCCCCCCACAACCCCAUAUCGUCUGUGUCCUAGACCUCCCUCAUGGUCAGCCCAGCGUUUUUUUUUGUUUUUUUUGCCUAAAUAACAAGGAGAGCAGCUCCCAGCACAGUUGAUACCUUAUUGCCUCGAUUAGAUUAACUGUCUGAUUGAAGCACAAUCGACUGAUCUGGAAUCUGUCAAGGUAGGAUAGAUUGUUUCCAUAGGCUUUCUACUUGAAGGACGUCUGAAGUGGGCACAUUCGCAGACUGGGAGAGGAGCGAGCAACAGCGCAUGAUCCAACUGGAAGAAACUUGAUCUUUGUGACCAACGCUAAUAAUCCAACCGUCAUACUCUUGGUGAGCGUAGGCGUCCUCCCCAAACUCGUCUCCUUUUUGAAAAAAUGUUCCUGUAGUUCCGCCGUUGCUCGCAUGCAUGCAUCCACAUACUAUAUUCUGUGAGACAUCCAGGUUUUAAAACUGGUUACCACCAAACGGCCUUGUUCAGCUCGGUUUUGCCAUUUGCCAGUUGUGACAGCGUGGCAAGACACCUUCGCGCUAUGAAGAAAAAACAUGAAAUGCUGGAUUCCCCGAGACUGCUGUUAUUUGUGUGGCCUUUGUUGUUCUUGCGUUAAUCACCUACGUGACUAAGUCACAGCUGACAAUUUAAAGGAGACAUAUUACGCAUUUUCUUUAUUUAAGGAACAAUUCAUUGAUUAAUCAAUAACUAAUUCAUUAUCAAAUUGAUCAACUAUUUUGAUUAUCGAUUCAUCUUUUAGAGACAAUUUAAACAAAAUUGUCCAAAUACUAGGAAUUUCAGCCUCUCAAAAGUAAUUAUUCUCAGAUUUCUGUAGUCCUCUAUAAAAGCAGACUAUCUUUUUCUAAACAAAAAAAAAAAGAAAAGCAAGACAUUUGCAAUCAUCUGCUUUUAUGUUGGAAAACAAUGAUAAACUUUUUUGCCCAUUUUCUGGCAUUUUACGGACCAAAGCAGUAACUAAAUCAUCUGUUUGUGCAUUUUCUGCACUGUCAAUUUGAAAUAUCCAGUUUUGUUUUGUUUUUUUAAUGAAGGGAUGGAUUUUUUUUAUCUGAUUCAUCGCGAAAAUAAUCAACAGAUUAACAAUCACUUACUAAAAUCGUUUGCAGCAGUUUUUGGUAGAUAUAGCGAAGGAUAAAGAAUUACAGCAACAUUAACAUGGACUUGUGAUAGUCAACUUGAAAUUACAACAUUUUGGGGGGUUAGUUCGGCUUCAGACCAAACGAGUCACUGUUCACCCACCCCGCUCUAGGGGAUUGCGACUAGAUGAGCGGGCUUCUUCUUGUUCACAAAGGGGCCUGAGUCUGAAGAGUAAAGCGAGAAGAGAAAGCCAGACUUCAUCACCGAGCCGCCAAAUUAUACCAGUCAAUUGGUGUAGCCAGCGGAUCUGCACAUGCAGCAAACACUACGUGCCACUUAGGCUGAUAAAUGCUGUUCGCUAAUGCUAGUGUGUGCUAACACUGCAGCUACGCGUAGCUUUUGGCUUUGACUUUGUAUUGUUUCUGUCUAAUCCAUCUCGGAAAUUAGCGGAUUUUCACCCAGCUGAGCUGUCAUGUAAUGGGUGGAGAAACGUUGUGUGGAGGCGUUAUGUAAAUUAGUUGUAUUACAACAUCACUAAGGGAAGAAAUUCAGAAAGUCUCGUUCACAGACACAUUUUGGGAAUUGUGCAGCUAACAAUAGAUUUACUUGGUUGUUUAAUUUCACAUUAGAUGGGUCAGCAGGCACUUCAGAUGGCUAUUAAAAAGUCAAUGUUUCCAUAAUAUGUCACCUUAAACUGAGUUGUUGAUGUCGCAAUUCCCUCACGUAGGCGUUGGUAGCGGUCUGAAGUGACGUAGAAAACAUGGUCAGCGACAAUUGCUUUCGACACAAAAGACCAGAUCAGAGUUUACUGUUCCGAACCGUCUGAACCGAACCGUCCCGCUUGGUGGAACUGUGUCUCCGUACGCGCCGCACGUGUUGUUACUAUAAUUUUUUUUGCAACAUUCCAGGUCACUGGAAUUGCAGUAGGCCGUCACGCUGCAAAGACCUUGGCUUAGAAUUUACUCCUGACAUGUAAGAAAGACACUGAGGAUGAUCUGUGUGAAAUUUCAGCAUCUCCUUGGGAGAAUAUUAGAGAAAUUUAGGAUUGGGGUGGCGGGUAAUUGCACGAAAAGAUAAAUGUUUGGAUAAAUGUUUCUCAUCAUGUAUUAUGCUCGUGUUUUCCCUCAUGAACUUUGGUUCAAAUAGUGUUUAUACAUAUAUUCAUCUUUAGAUUAUGGUGCAGUGUUGUCCGGUUUGGCCACGCGUAGUUUGGUUUGUGUAGUGCUACACGUCGCAUUGCCAUGGGCCGGCAUGUAUUCCGCAAAAGUAAAGAUACAACCGUGGACUGAUGUUUUAAGUGACUGUUACGUGAAAAUGCUUGAUUUUAAUUCAUUUCACAAAAGUGCCCACCUAUAUAAUUUUCUAAAAUAAAAUACUCUGUUCUUACUUGCUUUGAUACUGUUAUACUCCUUACAUUCUUUUUGUAUUUUUGUCCGCACUUUCACACGUUGCCUCCUCUUUUAUGUUUUUGUUUUUCCUCUUAUUGUCUUUGACUCGGUCAAACUCCCAGAAAAGCAGUUUUAUUCCAUGAAUAUCAAGACUCUACUGGAGGAUUCAAAUAAAUGUUUCAGUACUAUG